AUGCCAUGGCGAACCGGUGAACCGCACGGCCUCCGAGCAACCGCAAUGAUCUCCGUCUUCCUAUUCCUGGCUCUUUCCCAAGGUUGGUUUUUCUGAAUCUGAAAAAAGUCAACAAAGCCUCAUAAACGCAGAAUUUUCGUAUUUAUCUCUAUUUAGAAGCGUUUCCUGUUUGAAACUUUGUAAUAAUUAAACAGUUUUCUGCAAUUUCAAGGCUCAGGAAUGAGUACCGAGAGCUUUCGAAAUUAAAAUAAAAGGUUUUUUUGCCUUCAAAAAGUGACAGUUACUAUUGAAAAAUAAUUUGCACGACUUUUUCUUUUUUUUUCCUUCCGGUCUUCAUGUGAAGAUUUUACGCUUUUAAAACAAAAUAUGCAAUUUUCACCGAUUACUGAGCUUUUGCCUACUUGAUAAAUCGACUUACAGCAAUUUCCGCCUACGUCGUUGGCACUGGCGUCUCUCCAAAUGGAAACGGUUGUGUUGUCUGUGAACAACCUACCAGCCAAUGGGGUACCUGGUCAGAAUGGGCCGCCUGUAGUACGGCUUAUGGAAGUGCGUUUUUUUCCGAUUUUUUUGUUUAAUGGAGUCGAAUAGGCUAUCAUGGCGUCUUAUUACUACGCUUAUAACUUCUAUGAAUCGGGAAAAAUCAGGACUCCACGAAACCAAUAAAAAAACUUUAUAAUUAAGUUCUCGACUUUUUCGAUCCGAAGACAAAUUUCUCACUUUCUGGAAAAAUCUUCGACUCUCGAUUAUAUAUUUAUAUUCUAUUCAUAUUACAACUUUCAGCCCCAACGCAGUCAAGAACUCGAAACUGUCCAGCCGGAAACUGCCAAGGCGGUUCCAGCAUGGAAACCAAGCCUUGUGUCAUGUACGACCCACAGCCGACUCCAGAAUGGAACGCCUGGGGUGCCUGGAGCUCUUGCAGGUAAUUCUAGCCUCAUCGAAAAAGAUACGGUAUAAAAUAAGAGAGAAAUUAGUAGCUUGAAGGACAAUUAUUUGCUCGCUGCCAAUGACCUUCAUUCGCGAAAAACCGUUCAAAAAGUCAAAUAAAAGAUGAGGUGAGGUGAGAUGAGGCGAUUGGUUUUAGAUCAACAGCUCAAACUUGAGAUUUUUUUGAUUCAGACGUCUAUGAAAGAGAGAGAGAGAGAGAUAUUUUUCCUUUCCGAAAAGUCAUUCUGACAUCAUUUGAUAUAAGAUCUAAUUAUCGAAUCAAGUUAUCUUUGACUAAAAACCGAUCCAUUCCCAGUGCGUCCUGCGGAGGCGGAAGCAUGACCCGAACAAGAGUUUGCAACAACGGCUGCAGCGUUUGCCAAUGCGUCGGCUCUAGUUCUGAAACUCAAGUGUGCAACUCCCAGCCUUGCUGCACCUGGACCGCGGUAAUAACUUUUCGAUUGAACGAAAAAAAUCAAAGCCUUUUUUCAGUGGUCUUCGUGGUCGGCUUGCAGCACCUCAUGCGGCAACAAUGGUGUCAUAACCAGAUCCCGCCAAUGCAGCUGCUAUUCCGGGGUUGGUUCUUGAACAAAUAUUUGAUGCUUUCUCGAGUUUUGUAGACAUAAUUUAGAAAGUUCUGGUACAUGGAGUCGAUUCAGGGGUAGCCAAAGUUGUUAUACGAGAAGUCAGAAACUUUUUGAAAAAAAUUUAUGAAAGUUAAGGUUCUAAGAAAAGCUUUUAGAGGCCCUUUAGGUUUUUAAGGAUUAUUCAACACUAGCUGAACCUAAUAAUAGCCAAUCCGAGUCUGACACCUCUUCAAAACUUGUACAGUCAUUCCACAACCUUUAAAUAAUAUUGAGAAGCGUGAAAAAUUGUGACAGAGUGAAAAGUCCCCUAUCAAGAAAAAGAGAAUUUUAAAGUUCCAGGAACUUGGUGAAAAUAAGGAAAAAUCUCCAGUAGCUUAAAAAAAAGUAGGAAUUUUUGAAAUGCUUUCAGUGCGUCGGAACAUCGAACGAGCAGCAGCCGUGCUCCAACCAGCCAGCCUGUCCAACGACCUGCUCGACCUGUCAGCCGCAGUACAACCCUCCCCCACCGCCGCCACCACCGUGCACCACUUGCUCGGCUCCGGUCCCGCCUCCAGUUACGUGCACCACUUGCAACCAGCAGCCGACCAUCGCCCCAUGCUCUACUUGCGGAGCAGGAGCUCAACCUUUCUACGAUCCCUACGGAAAUGGACGCAAGAAACGCUCCGUCGCUAAUGCUUCCAAUUCCACUGUCCCUGUCUAA